ACCACUAACAUGUCUUUAUUGUUCCUCAGGCAUCCCACCUGACCAGCAGCGUCUGAUUUUCGCUGGCAAACAGUUGGAAGACGGUCGCACACUUUCAGACUACAACAUUCAGAAAGAGUCCACCCUCCACCUGGUGCUGCGUCUCAGAGGAGGCAUCAUCGAGCCGUCCCUCAGACAGCUGGCCCAGAAAUACAACUGCGAGAAGAUGAUCUGCCGCAAGUGUUACGCCCGUCUGCACCCACGUGCCGUCAACUGCCGCAAGAAGAAGUGCGGCCACACCAACAACCUGCGUCCCAAGAAGAAGCUGAAGUAGACUGGAGCAUCGACGUGUUUCAGGAGCUUUGUUCAAAUAAAAUGUUGCUGAAAACA